AUGCAGAACCACGACACCUGCUGGUCAGACAUGAACAUUGCACCUUCUGCAGUUCCCUUUGUGUCCACCAGAGGUCUCCGCUGUGUCGUCAUGACGCUGCACACGUCACUUCCUCCUUCCUCACUGCAGCUGCACCAAAAGGUGCGUGUUCAUCGACAGACGUCAGUUCUCCGCCGUUUUUCAAAAUGUAUUGUCGGCAGUUUGCUCGCCCACGUUUUUCAAGGAUCCGAUGGCCAUGACGUCAUAACAUGUGACAUCACCUGCUUUGCUUCAGUGAAGAGAUGCAGUGAACGUGAGGCUGAGAUGGAGACCGUGUUUCCUUAA